AUGACGCAGACGAUCCCGCAGACCCUCGCGCAGGCCACGGUGGAGAAGAUGCCCCUCUCCCCAUCUCGCCUUUCCAGGUCUAGCUCUGCGAGGAUCAUCCAGGAGAGGCUCGACCACGAAAGGGAGAAAGGGGCGGCCAACGUCAUUGCUUACAAGUCCUGGAGUCUGUAUGCCUCGCACGUUACCGGAAGCACCUCGAACAUUGCCUUCCGACUGGAGGGCUACCAGCAGGGUGAGUAUGGUUCCGAGACCUUGAAGGAAGCCUGCUCGCUGGUCUUCUCUUUCCUGGUUGGAGCAUACACCUGCGGAAUCCUCAUCGACAAGAACCAAGUUCACUUCCUGGGGAAGCCCGCCUUAAGACUGGCCUGUCACAGCUUCCCUUUCCCUUUUCACGACUCCCGAACGAAGACCUGGAAAGCUUUCUACGGCUUGGCCCUGGUUCUGAACUCGGCCCUCUUGGUGUCUGCGGCCUUCGUGCAAGGUCGCUUGGUCCCUGCUUGCCUCGUGGCCGCUGCGUGCGGUCUGCAGAAUGCUAUGUGCACGUCUCACUUCGGAGCCAUCAUCCGCACGACACACGUCACUGGCACCAUGACCGACAUCGGAUCGACCAUGGGGCGCAUCAGCAUGAUCUACCUGAGGAGAGCCUGCCGCUGCAGCCAGUUGACCGACAUCGAGCGCGCAGAGAUCGGGGUCGAUGCGCAGAAGCUGACAGUGCUGUCUGGGCUGUGGACCUUCUACCUUUUCGGUGGGCUCAUUGGGAUCUACUCCGAAAAUUUGGUGCAGGGCCCCAGGGCACUUCUGAUCCCGGCCUUCGUCACAGGCAGCAUGGGCUUGACCUACAUGGCCUGCCGCCAGCUCCUGAAGGACUACAUCAAGAAGCUGGAGCAGGACCGCUUCUCGGCUGACCUCAAGGAGGCACAGAGUGCCUUGGCCCACAUGGGAAGCCGCCUCCAUGAUCUCGAAAAGGGCAAGGGCGACGCUACCCUUGUGGCAGACUUGGACGAAGAGAUGGGCCACAUGAUCGAUGCUUUGCAUGAGGUGGAGACCGACUUCGACAACCUGUACCAGCAGUCGAGCCGUGCCAGCAUGCCCGCACCGCCUCAGAGCCAGAAGUGA